AUGUAUGCGAACAAAUCCGUGGCGCUUUUACGAACGCGAUCAGCGUGUAACCCUCUGGCUAGUCAACGGCUGCACCCUUGAGAAGAGCGCAAUUUCACGGGCUCGCCUGUCGGCAUCGGCAUUCGGCAAUAUUCAAAUUCCGUGGCAAGAGUGUCCCGCGAGUACAAGCGAGGCACGUCGGGACGUGACCGAGAGAGCAACGUAGGGGCGCCGUUUCGCGUCGUCCGACCGUGAGUGACUCCCUGACGAAAAUCGCCGCAUCGCCGCAGACCUAAUGUCAGGCAUAGCGAUCGCCAGGCUCGCGGAGGAGCGUAAAGCAUGGAGGAAGGACCAUCCCUUCGGUUUUGUAGCUAGGCCAACUAAAAAUCCAGACGGUUCCCUUAACUUGAUGAGUUGGGAAUGUGCGAUACCCGGCAAGAAAUCUACUCCUUGGGAGGGUGGCUUGUACAAGCUACGUAUGAUUUUCAAAGAUGAUUAUCCAUCGAGCCCGCCGAAGUGUAAAUUCGAACCUCCGCUGUUUCAUCCAAACGUUUACCCAUCCGGCACCGUCUGUUUAUCGCUUCUGGACGAAGAGAAGGACUGGCGACCAGCCAUCACAAUCAAGCAAAUCUUACUUGGUAUUCAGGAUUUAUUGAACGAGCCAAACGUGAAGGAUCCUGCUCAAGCCGAAGCGUACACAAUAUAUUGCCAAAAUCGUCUGGAGUAUGAGAAGCGCGUUAAAGCUCAAGCUAGAGCGAUGGCCCCACAGGAAUAAAGGAGACAACCAUAAAAUGUAUUAAAAAUAUGUGAGAAAGAUAUUGUAUGUGGACAACACUUUUCCUAAACUGAUCUAUAGCUCUUUAUAAUUAAUCUUUUUUACGAGUAAAAUUAAUAUAUGUUGUAACUAUAUAGUUAAGUAGUUCAUGCUUUUAACAUUUAUUUACCCAAUGUAAUGUAUUGUCUUUAUUUAGCGUGCAUAUCUGUCCAAAUUUGAAAAUGUAGCGUAACAUCAUGUUAACGUGAAAAUCGACACACACAUAUAAAUUCUUUCGCACAUAAAUAGUAUCUUAUUAAUAUUAAGAGAUACAUAUGUAUACUUUAAGACAGAAUUAUUUUUUGAUCUAAACUUUAAUUUUUAAGUCUUACAAGUGAUUAUACUGAAUGUUAUUUUAAAUGGAAAACGCAAGCGGAAGAUACAACGCAUUGAUUAAAAAUAGCAGCUGUUAAAUAAAUAUGUAUCGUCUUGAGGUUUCUCUUAGUUCUAUCUUCGAAUAUAUGCAGUACAUGUGUAGGUAGACUUAUUUUAAAGUUUACUAAGUAACUGUACAAAUCUCAAAGAAUAAAAGAUUUCAACUCGUCGGAA